AUGCUGUACUUGAGCAAGAUGCAUUUUCUGAGGUUAUAUUCGAGCAGUACAGCCGUGAGGCAAGGAACCUCACUUCAGCCUCAGAAUGGCUCCGUGGAACACCCUGCCCGCGGGUCUCCCCUCGGAGCAAGCAAGACGGGCCGGCCGACGAGGCUGGCCGGCCUGGACUCCGGCGUCGACGCGGCGGCCACCAAGUCGCCCACCGGCCGGAGCCCCAAGGUGGAGCGCCGCACCACCAUGAGCGCCGAAAGAGAGAAAAGGAGGUCGCCCAUGAAGCUGUCGGAGCUCGAGUCCCAGCUCUCGCAGCUGCAGGACGAGCUCAAGAAGGCCAAGGAGCAGCUCCAUUCCUCGGAGAACUCCAGGAAGCGGGCCCUGCAGGAGGCCGAGGAGGCCAGGGCGCAGGCGGCGGAGGCGUCCGCGCAGGCCAGCGACUCGCGGGGGCAGCUCGCCGAGCUCUCCUCGGUGGAGCAGACCCGCAUCUUCGAGCUCCGCCGGCUCUCCCAGGAGCGCGAUCGCUCGUGGCAGUCGGAGCUGGAGGCCAUGCAGAAGCAGCACGAGGCGGACUCGGCCGCGCUCGUCGCCGCCAUGGGCGAGGUGCACCGCCUCCGCGUGCAGCUCGCCGCGGCCGCCCGCGCCGACCGCAAGCAGGAGGUGGCGGAGGCGCUGGCGACCGUUGACGAGCUUAAGGCCAAGCUCUCCGCGAGCGAGGAGGCCGAGGCGCGGGCGCGAGCGUUGCACGAGGAGUGCAAGCAGCAGCUGGAGGCGAGCCGGGCCACCAUCGACUCGCUGCUCACCGACGGCUCCAAGCUGAUGGACUCCUUCAGCCUCGUCGUCACGGAGCUCGAGGAGUCGCGCGCGAAGCUCAAGGCCCUCGAGGAGGAGGUGGCGGAGACGACGUCGGUGAAGGCCGCCGCCGCCGCCGGCCAGAGCUGCAACUGCUCGGACUCGGAGGCCGCCGAGCUGAGGUCGGCGCUGGAGGACGUGGAGGCCAGGUUCCAGGAAGAGAAGAUCCUGAGCACCGUCGAGACGCAAUGCGCGUACGAGCUCAUGGACCAGAUCAAGGUCGAGUCCGACCUGCGGCAUGGCAAGCUCGCCGCCGCGCUCGCGAGCGCCAAGUCCGAGGUCAUGUUCCUCAAGGCGAGCCUGUUCGACAGGGAGUCCGAGCUGCGGCGCGCCCAUGACGCGACCAAGAAGCUGCAGGACGACGCGAGAACGAACAGCACGGCGGACGAGCUGAAGGCGCAGCUGCAAGGCGCGCUGCAGGAGAACGGGCAGCUGAAGCUCGAGCUGCGGCAGUACGAGUCCGAGAAGGUCCCCGAGAAGUCGGACGCCGACGCGGCGGCGGAGGCGGCGAAGAAGGGGGAGACGGAGGCCGAGCUGAGGCGGCUGAGGGUGCAGGCCGAGCAGUGGCGGAAGGCCGCCGAGACCGCCAUGGCGUUGCUCACCGUGGGCAAGGGCGGCAACGGGAAGAUCUUGGACCGCGGCGAGUCGCUGGACGGCGGCAAGUACGCGGGCCUGUACGACGAGCUCGACGACGACGCGGCGGCGGCCAGGAAGAACGGCAACGUGCUCCGGAGGAUCAGUGGAAUGUGGAAGAAAUGA